CACUCUCAAACGUGAACGCGAUUAGUGAAACAUGUCCGUCUUUUGUGUUUUUUGACGUAAAUAUUGGCAAAAUUCCUUUUGUGUUUGCAUCUGCGUGGUGAUUUUCGGUGCUAAAUCUGUUUUAUAAUGUGUGUGAUCGUGUUGUGAAUAGUUCAUAUGAGGCUGUUAUACAAAACUGGUCCAAUGGAGUCUCUCAGAAAAUGGUUCUACAAACCAAAGAGGGACGACCGUUCACUUCUAGCGCAGUUUUUCUUCGCCGAUGACGCGCUCAACAUGAUAGCGGCGGAGUUGGAUUCUUUCGACGGUCGCAAAGACCCCGAAAGGUGUUCCACUCUUGUCAAUCAAUUACGGCACGCGCAGGAUAGAGUGCUCAAUAUCACAAGUCAGAUCAUGGAUCAAGUGCUGGGCGACGAGAGGGUCGCGAGAGGUUUCCGGGUCAAGUUCCCGGAAGACGUGCUUCAAGAUAAUUUGGCUGGACAAUUGUGGUUUGGUGCAGAGUGCCUAGCAGCCGGUUCUUCCAUAAUGAGCCGCGAGGAAGAAUCAGCGGCGAUGAGACCUCUAGCCAAAGCGUUGACACGCAGCCUGGAAACAGUAAGAUCUCUGCUACGUGAACAGUGCCUGCGACCACGAGGCCUCGCUCUGCAAGACCACGAUGAUAUGCUGCACGAGAGCCUGAGGAUAUUUGACAGACUGUUCGCCGAGUUCGAACUGUGCUACGUCAGUGCCAUGGUGAACGUGAAGACGCCACACGAGUUCGAAGCUCAGCAGUUGAUAUGCGUUCUGUUCUCUGAAAGUCUUCGUCGAGCGUUGAAACUCAAUCUUCUCACACAAGAACAGGUGGAUUCGUACGACCCAGCCCUUAUGUUCGCUGUACCUCGACUAGCGAUUGUUAGCGGCCUACUCAUCUACUCUACCGGUCCUUUGAGUAUAGACAAACAGCCAGAAGAAAUGUCGGAUAUGUUUCGACCGUUUCGUCACCUCUUGCACAAGAUCAAAUCUUUGCUCUGGACGUUGGAUAGGAGAGAAUUAAUGGCAUUGGAGAAAUUACUCUGUUCCAACGAGGAUAUAUCGAAUUUGGCGAAUUUGGAAUUUUCAUCUGCACAAGCGUCACCUGAUGAUUCCUGUUACCCGGACAUAGGCGAGUUCGUUUCAAAGUUUUACGAGGACCACGAGUCGUGCAGAGAUUUAUACUCACGACAAAGCUCAAGUGAACCUACGAUAACGGACGCCGAUUAUCUCCCAGGCAAUAUUGAAGUUAUGACACCAAUCAUAGAUGGUCUUAAGCGUUUAACGGGUGAUGAUGAAUCUGAGAGAGAAUCAGAGAUUGAUACCGACGGGCAAAUCGAAAGGCAAUCGAUAGACACCACUAGCACAGACACAUUCCAAACAAACGAGAGCAGGGAGUUCGAUAAAACAAGAAAGACUAGUAGAGCUGAAACAGAUAUGUCGUCACUGAGAAAUCUAUCGACGAACGGUCUCAUGAUGUUUGACCCACUUGUUAUAAACGCGGUCUCCGCUUCGACGUCAGGUGAAUCGUCGUCAUCGAAUCGACAAAUACCAGAUCAGGAACUGGUCACAUCACUGAACGAACAAGUUACAGAAAUAGCGGAUCGAUUAUCGUCUAUAGUUAGCGACGUAGAUAUAUUAGAUCAUCAAACACAUUCUUUCUCGACCAAUGAUGUGCCUAAACUGAUAUCGACGGAUAGUUCGGAAGACUUUAGUUUCUCAGGACCAAGAAAUGACCAAAUGAGCUGUUUGCCCUCUACUAGUCAUGGUUACUUGAUACCAAACGCGAUCAGCCAGGAACCGGUCGUUCUAGCGUCUCUGUCACAUAAUAAUUCAGCAGUUUUCAAUCAAGAGGAAGAGAAUAAUUUAAAUCGUGUAAUAUUAAGCUCAGACGCUCCGUUAAUAAUGCCAAGUAUGGACGCAGACCUUGUAAAUAUAGAUAUGGCCAUCGCCAGCGUCAGUCUUAGCGUUAUAUUACUAGACGAAGAAUACAACCAGGAAUAUAAACCUAGCUAUGAAAACGAAAAUAAUGAAACAGAAAAUACGAGUUAUCCUGAGAAAAUAUCCACCGAUAAGGAGGAAAGAGUUAAGUUCAUGCUCGGAUACGAAAGCGAUCACGAAUCGCCUGUCGAUUCCGGCGUCAGUACAGAGAACACUAGCCUAGACAGAUCUCCAGAUACAGACCAGAAUAAGGACAUCAAAGAGAACCACUUCAUGCAACAGAACAGGGUACUAAAGAGUCCAGUUGAAGAGAGUAUAGAAGAGAAAGAGAACAACACUCUAGAAAGUUCCUUUUCAGAUGUAAGAGAAGACGUUGUAAAUAUUAAUUACGUAGAAGAUGAUACUCAGAAGAACGAAGCCGGUUCGUCUCGUAUAGAAAGUGUAAAUAUUGAUAGGUUAAGCGACGAAGGGUUGAAUGAAGCGACGAAUGUAAAUAGCAGCUUACAAAACUGGGGUGCGAAUGAUCCCCAGGAAGAGUUCAGGACGAUAGAGGAUGUUAUCACAGAGUUAAGGAGACAUAGAGAGUCAGAUAAGAAAAUUAGUUCGCUAGUUGAAGACAAUAAAACUACUGACGUUCCAAAUUGUAGUCAGAGUGCUCCGUCGCGGAGGAAAAGUAGGAAAUCUGAUGUGAAGAGUAAAAAGAAGAAAAAAAUGUGGUCGCCACGGAAUGUGAUAUUGAAUAAUCGCUCAACACAAAGCCAGAAUACUCCGCUGAGAUUAAAUUUAGACCAUUUUGUCGAUGAAAGCGCCCCUACGGAGUGCGCGGACGACGAGCAGAUCGCGCUGGCGCUGCAGGCGCAGGAGCUCGCGGCGCGGCAACACGCGCGGCAGAAGUUCAAAUCGAGCCAAGAUCUCAUCCACCGCCUGUUCGUCUGCAUCGCGGGAGUCGCCGACCAGCUUCAGACGAACUUCGCAGCUGAUCUCCGCAACAUACUGAAGGCCGUGUUCCUAUUGAACCAGACCAUUGAAAUGCCGGAGACCAAGACGGAGGACACGAUAGAGUAUCAGCCCACCGAGGACCAAAUCAUACAGAACGGUAGCUCCUUUGAUAGUGUAUAUUCAGCUGAAGAAGUAUACGCCGAUAGUAAUUCCGAUUCGACUGCAUCCGAAUCGAAUUCACGGCUCGCUCGGAGGAACACGAUGAACGCGACAACAAUCAAUGAACAACAGCAGACAACAACGACGGAGGCGAGAAGGAAGUCUGUUGAUAACAGCAGCAACUUACAGGCGUCCGUUUCGACAGGAGAUCUCACUUACACGCGCGCGGCGGCGCGCGGCGUGGAGCGCGCGCCCGAGUGGGUGCCCGACAUCGCGGCGCCCGCCUGCAUGCGCUGCCUCGCGCACUUCACCGCCUUCCGCCGCCGCCACCACUGCCGGAACUGCGGUAAAGUUUUCUGCGCGUCUUGUAGUUCGAACUCUAUUCCCCUACCGCGGUACGGACAGAUGAAACCGGUCCGAGUCUGCGACGAAUGUUUCCAGAGCACCGCCCACGAUAGACGAAGGCAGGCAACCUAUCGGUGAAAGAGUUUGUUAUAUGAAGAUGAGCUUUGUUGACAGUUGAAAAAUAUGGAUUUAAUAUCUUUUGUGAGCUAAAUAACUAUUAAACUUAAUAAGAGAAAUAUUUGCUAGAAAUAAAAUUAAAAGACAAUUAAAUAAACAGUUUACUUAAUAAAUUUAAGUGAAAUUGAUUAUUCCUUAUUUUUGUACGAAGUUGUAUCGAUUUUUUUAAUAAAGAAACUUCGUUAAGUUAAAUAUAUCAAUAAAAAGAAUUUUAUAAAGUAAAUAAAUUAAUAUUAAAUAAAGCUAUUUUUAAUGCAAUCUUUUCUUAAUAAAAUAAAAUAAUGUUAGGUUGCUGUAUUCAAUACCAUGAUAACGGAAUAUAGGAAAAUGAGUUUUAACUCACUGUGACAAGGCUUGUUUUCGAUUGAAGCAUUUUCAAUAUUUUUACAGAAAAUUAAAAAAAAAAGCAAUAUCAAAGAAAAAAAAUGUUUUAAUAUUUGUUCGAUAGUUAUCAUUUUGCCAUAUUUUAUGAUAAUUUAAUUAACAAAAGACACGAUAUUUCAUAAAAUCAAACGCAUAGUAUGUUUUAUUUGAUAAGGAAAAUGCGCUCAUAUUUCUUCCAUUUUCUAUUAUAUUUUCCAAAUGUUUAAUUACUUUGUGAUAUUGGAAAUUUAUUCCAGAACCUUCUACUAACCGUAUUGACUAGCUGUUGUAUUGUUAAAAGUAUAUUUUCCAUAUUGACUGAUGUUUUAAUUAAUCAAAUUUUGAAUAGGUUUUCAGUUUUGAUGAGCUCUCUAAUAUUUCGAUAGCACGUCAUUAUAUGUCAGCGAUUGUAAUAAAAAAUAAUUAUAUACCUUUUAUACUAAAGCAUAUAUUUUAUUUAUGUUAUUUUUAAACCAAUAGAAGUUCGAUCGAUGUUGCUACGUUAGAAUCAACUUUAAUGAUUUAAAUAUUCUGAAUUUAAAAUUGGCUUUUAAAGAUGUCAUGAGAUUGAUUAAAAAAAUUAUAAUAAUAGCAAGCUUUUAUUUGAUCCAUAUACUCAAACGAUUCGGUUGUAACCUGAUUGUUGCCAACGCUAAAAUAUGUGAAAUUCAGCUAAAUUGGUUUUAAAAUUUCAAGUUGGUUCCAAGAUUUGACCCAAAUGUAUUAUCGUUAAAUAAAAGUUUGUUAAAAUGUGGCAAUACUUUAUUAUAAAUACCCACCAAUAGACAAUUUCGUUGGUUUACUGCAUGGAUUCGUUAAAUUAAAAAUUACCACUCUUCGUUAAAACACUUAGUCUAUAAAUAGAAUAUUAUAGAAAAAAAAAAAAGUUUUUGUAUGAUUUAUUAAGGAGUUCUUGCAGUAACCUAAUGUUUUCUUUAUGUCUUGUCAAUUUCAUUUCAUAAAUGAGGCUGUCUAUACCUUAUCGUGAAUAUUUCACCAAGCAAAUUUUCUCUGAUACAUAUUAAGUUAUUAAGCGUGACACAGAUAGAAAUCAAAACUGAAAUCAAUAUAUUAUUAAGUAGACGCGUUCAAAUAGAUAAAAAAUAUUUUUAAGAAUUUUAACUAAGAUCAUAAAGCAUGUAACCCGUGCACUAUGGUUUGUUUGUUUCAAAAAAAAGUAUGUUUAAACGAUCUUUAUAUUUUCUAACUUUGAAAUAUGCCAUAGAUAAUAAUAUCAUAGACUAAUUGAGGCAAAAUACAAUGAGAUAUCUAUUGCAAUCAUUCUCUAACAGUCUGAUGUCUAUGGUAUCUGUUUUGAAUAUAAAUAAGAUAAUAAUAAUUAAAAUAAAAAAAAAUAUAUUCCAUAACUUUUUAUAUCCAACGGUGUUAGUAAAUAAAAUAUAAGCGUAAUUUUAAAAUUGUAUGUACAUUUUGUAAAGGUUUGAGUGUUAAUAAAUUUGUAACUAACCAUUGUUGAAUACUGAAGCUACUGGCUGUCCCAUAGCCUUUUGUAUGUUAUAUAAGACGCUGAUUCGGUAUUCUCGAGACCACAUGUGUAAGUGAUAUAAUGAUACUGUUAUUAUAUUUUAAUCGUGUAAAAUAAAUGUCGGUUUUAUUAUU